AAAUGUGUUAUUGUACACUUUACGAUCCUGCUACACUGCAGAGAGAACACGGUUAGCCACUUCCAUGGUUAAGUACUGGGCAGGGCGGACAUUCGAAGCGUUACGGUGAUCACAUUAAAUGUGUCCUGACUGCUUAUGUAUUGGUUAAGCAUUGUGGCUCUCUAUCUAAUUUAUGGUUCAGUAAGUGGGGUAUCGGACAAUCAGAAUGUCGAGUCAAGAUCUGCUUCAAAAUUCGGAGAUAAACAUGAGAAAUAUAUUGAAUUAUUCGUCGUAGUUGAUUACUUGACGUUUAGUUACCAUGGGGACAAUACAGAAAAAUACAUCAUAGAUAUGCUAAACACGGCGGCAAGGUUUUGGAAUGACUCUACACUAGAAGUGAACAUUGGCCUACUCCUGACGGGAAUAGAAAUAUUAAGAGAGCCAGAUCCAUUGAUAAGCAACGAUGAAGAUGCUAACACCAUUUUGAUGGACUUUAGACUCUGGUUGUCAAGUGACCACAGUCCAUACUCAGAUCUUAAUUUUGAUGUUGCAAUACUUAUUACAAGACAGGACAUUCAUAUCGAUACAAACUACGAGGCCACGGGCAAAGGGUUCGUCGGCGGAGUAUGUAUAGAAGGCAUGAAGAUGGCAAUAGUGGAAGACGAUAGCCCAAUGGGGCUAGCAAUGUCAAUAGCACAUGAACUUGGUCACCUGCUGGGGAUGUACCACGAUUACCAAUACAGCGAUCCGCUAUGUCCCGACAAGACAUUCCUAAUGUCGGGAUUUACAGUCGGGGGACCGAAGUCAAUGCAAUGGUCAAGUUGUAGCAGCGAAGCGGUACAGAGAUUUGUAAAGGGCCGUACAACAAAUUGUUUAAAUACUCAUGGCAGAGGUGAGAUACUGAUUGGGGACCACUCAGUAGGGGUAAGGUACAAUGCAGAGUUCCAAUGUACGAUGCUACGGAGAGAAAAGUCGUUUGGAUGUAAUCAGAAGGAUGCGUGCAGUGACCUAUCCUGCUCAACGUCGAAUCCGAGGGCUUCUUGUGUGAGUGUUAACAGACCACCCCUUGAUGGUACUUGGUGUGGUGAGGACUCGUGGUGCCAACAGGGUCUUUGUGUAAAGCACCCAAUCAACGUCGAGCAACAUGCUAACAACCAAAACAAGAAUAUAAAACGAUUUGGGGUCGGUGCUUCCUCUAGCGACAACGCCGCAUAUCUUUUCUUGCAUGUAUCAUUGAAAGUUUCUUUAUUGCUGGUUUUAGUGAUUGUUUUAAAAAUAGUUUUGAAAACUCUUAGAUUCUGUUCCAGCUACCUGCUAGGCCUACACAAGGCCAGACAUGGAAAACAAAUAUGGUCUGUAUGAUAAUAACAGUAAUACGUUGACUUACCAAUAUUUUAAGCCCAGAUACACUAUGUAUCUUAUUUAUUCUGCUAUGUAUUAUUAUUAUUAUUAUUAUUAUUAUUGUUAUUAUUAUUAUUAUUAUUAUAUAUCGUAUUGUCUCCACCUCGGUCUGUGACGUAACUGACGUGCAAUGAAAAUACUGUAUAAAGGAAUGAAUGCUUAAAAAUUAGCACUUAAAAAAACAAUUCACCAAAUAUAAAUGUUUAUCACAUUUUGAAAAGGGUAAAUAGGUCAUUUAAAAAAGGUUAGGUAAGUUUUUUUUAAAAUGUAAAUAAAACCAUUAAAGUUAUGAUACAUUCCGUUAGUUUUAGUCUUAAUUGUGAUGUCUCGGGCUGCUUGGUGUUGGAUGCCAUAACCUAGGCAUAAACGUGGACAAAACCGAAUACUUGUUUCUAUUGUUCAGGUGUAAAAUACGAUACAUUUUAAGUAAUUUUUACUUUUGAAAACAAGAACACAGCGAUGUUAUUUUAUUUAUAACAUAAUUUUCAAAUAAAUAAAGUUGAUGCAACGUUACGUUAAAGUUAUUUUCUGACAUAACUUAACCACAACGUUCACAACUAUCGAAAAUGUUUUAAUAAGGUUUUGUUUUUGCUGGAUCAUCGGAACUAAAAAUAUCUUCAAAUUGUUUAAAUGGGGGAAAAUACAACCUACUGUUGGCCAGUACCUGGUAACUGCACCGGUCAUUUCAAGACAGGCGCGCUCCAAAUUUGGACCUAAUGGGAAGGAAUUACUAAGUAAUACUAUCGUAUAAAUAAACUCCCGUAUGUGCAUGGGCAGUCGGAGGAUCUUCCCCGGCAUGUGAACAUAAUGACAGUAAGUGGAGCAAAAUGGAAAGUUGUUGGAAUCGAACCAGUGACAUUCGACCUUAUGAUAGAUCAUAUGGAGGAAUUAGUUUAGAUACAUCUCGCACGACGUCGCACGACGCCACAGGCGUAAUGGUGAUCACAAGAGAUAACCUACUGAAUGGAAGUGUUUACUAGCCUAUAUCAGGUACUUGCAGUAAAUUGAUGCAAGUAAAUUGUAUUUCUUUUUUAUAUACUAACAGUAAUAAACACUUUAAAUAUAGUUUGACCACGAGUGGUAUGAUAAUUUAAUGAAAUAAAUCACAUAUAUCAAAUUUUGAGCUACAGAAAUUAAAGUACCAAGUACAUUUACGAAAGCUGUUUGCUAGCAUUUUUCUUAUAAAUAAAAAACACAUUACACAUUUAUGCUGUCAAACACAGGUAAUUUGAACAUCUUUGGUGCAAUUACUUUGAAGCAAACUGUGUCACGUUCAAUAAAUUCAAAAACGGAAUACUUAUAAAUAAACAAUAUAAUUCCAACUAUAUUUCAUCUCAAAUUGAGUUGUAAGCAACGAUCACAAUUACAAAUUAUGUGACGAUACAUAUGAUGAAUAUCGUGGUAGCUCAUACAAUUUUCUAGAAUACACAACAGGCAAGGUUUCCAAAUUCGAAUAUGAAUACAAGACCAUUAUGAGUAAUCUCUCAGAUUACUAAAAUUGCACUUUAUGAAAACGCCCUCUGGUGGCAAUAUAUUCCUCAAAACGAUGCAUCUCAAAAUCGACGUUUAAAAUAUUUUCAGUUUCCCUUAUUUCUACAAGACUAUGAAAUGUAUAUAUAAUCAUAAGCCCGUAAGUCUUUUACAGGCCUAUACUAUAUCACAAUAUUAACUGGUAUUGGUGAUAUAUCUUAACAUUUUAAGUAGUAAUUAAUUAAUCAACUAGAGCAUAUCCAUCGCACUGGGAUACAGUAACUCAAAUUAAAAUGACCCACUGCACAUGAUUCGUUAGUCCACUGACUCCGUUCAAAAUGUUCACCAGUUAUGCAAAAGUUUGCCCUUGUGGUAAUUAAUUAGUCUGAAUUAUUCGUUACAUAUGUAAUAAUCUGUACCUUAAAACUUUUUUUUUCCAAAUAUAACAUCACAAUUGACCGUUGCCAGUCCAACAAUAGGCCUACUAGGACAUUAGUGACCAAGUGUAUACUCAGAUACAUUCUUCGGAGUAUAAACGUUAAUUUUAUGUUACUUAAACCCAAUCAAUGCGUCUGUUAAUACUAGACGCCAUACCAGAAUAACAGUUUUCUCUUGAGUGAAAUUUUCAAAAAACUGUUAAGUGUUAAUUUUCAGUGAGAGUUUUAAUCUCCUAAGUACAUUAAAAAAUCUAAUAAAUAAAGUAACAUUUACAUCUCAAGUUAUAAAAUUAUUUGUACAAAAAGUUGCAAAAUACCCAAUUCCUUGGUCUCAGAUUUAACUUGUCAAAAAUCAAGUCAUCAACCAAUGGAGUUCCCACCAGCACCUUGACCAAUUAAGUGCGGCAAUCGUAUAUAAACUCUAUAGCACCAUGCGAAAAUCCUCCCGAUAAAUCUGAAUUUUGAAUACAUAAAGGAAAUGACAGCAGAAUCCUGCAGCUAUCAAAAACUAACGAUUAAUCAACAAAAGAUAUUCUAGAUCUACUUUCAACAAGUUUCAAAAUCCAAGUACUGCAAAGCACAUACAAAAUCAUUAUUCAAUGAUGAUCGACGCACAUCUGUCGGGUUCCUCAGUAUAUGUGUAUGUAAACAUCCAAAUAACCAAGAUCAACCCGUCAACCUAUUGACGAAUCAAGUAUAUGUCACCAUCAAACAAAUGAUGAUGGUUUAUUAUGUUCUGCAAAUUACUACUGCGACUAUAGUAGUAAUAAGACUAAAAUGGUGAAUAUCUCAGAACGUCAUUAUCGUGAUCAUCAUGACAUCAUAACCAUAAUCAUCGCCUGCGACAGGUAGUAGGCCUAUUAUUACUCUAUGAAACAUGCUCAGUAGAACAAUAUUAAUUUCAGUGACGAAAUAUUAAUUCUACAGAUUCAAGUUUCAGCAAGAACUGUUUGGAAAGGCAACAUGCUUGAUGAAAGCAUGUGACAGAGAGUUGUAAGUGGUUUGGCUUCCAAAUGUAUGGUCGCCAGUCCUAACACUGGUCACGCUACUUACGUCUUUGUUCAAGGCACUUUAUCUAGCUUCCCUCUCCCAAGCCAGGAGAUAAAAAUGGGUACCUGCAUGAUGUAAAACAUUGAGUAAUGCAGCAAUUUAAGAUUGCACAUCAGCAUACUGUGACCAGGGUAACACAUUAUAAAUGUUGGUAGGAAAAAGAAAUAAAAGUUCCAUUUAAAAGUUCCCUUUAAGAUAUUAACCUAAAGUAUCAUCACCAUUAACAUUAUCCCCAUCAUCCAUAUAAAAUCAUCCAUUAUGUUUGCUUUCAAUUGUUGACCUUAGAAUAAAAUUAGGAAGCUAGUUAAUCACAUUCUAAAAUAUAUCUCUAUUACUCAAACAAUAUGAGAUUCAGAUAAAUUUCUUUGCAUAAAAUGAUUAUAUAAAUAUUUCAUUUUACAUUUUCAAGGCAAAACGGAAGAAAUGAGAGAAAUAGCCUAAAGAUAUAUAACAGAGAAAGACAUGAAAUAACGUUUUUGAUUAUGAUAAUCAUAAUAUCAAUAUAUCAUAACAUGGGAAUGCAUUUGCAAGUAUAUACAUAUAUUUUACUAAAGAGAUAAUGACACAUUUAGAUAUAUUAUAUACACAUUCUAAUUCUGUAAUACUUUUUUCCAUACCCUCAACAUUAAUUUCUAUACCAAUUUUGAAAAAGAAACACAGAAACACCUUUCAUUCAUUUCAAAUGAAUACCUGCACUUCUCAGUUCAACUGAGACUUUCUAGCUUUGUCCACACUAUCAAAUUUUAUUUGACAAAAAACUGUUGUAUGCCCAUAUAUAGUCAUGAUGUGCCUAUAUAUGGUCAUGAUGUGCCUAUAUAUGGUCAUGAUGUGCCCAUAUAUAGUCAUGAUGUGCCUAUAUAUGGUCAUGUGAUGUCAUCAUGACCAUAUUUAGUCAUGUCACAUUUUUUUGUCAAAUAAAAUUUGAUAGUCUGGACAGGGCUUUAAUGUUUAUACAACUUCUAGUGAAAGAAAGCACCAGAUUACUACUUUUAAAAAAUGUAGAAAAUAUUGCAUUUGCAUAAUCUUCAUAGAUAUACAAAAAAAAAAAACUCUUCCUAUAAGCAGAAAUCUGAAUAAAUACUGGUUAUGCAAGUUAAUCAACCAACAUUUCUUAAAAAUUAAUUGAUUUCAUUUUACCAUGAUAAGAAUCUUAAUUUUAACAAAUUUAUCUGUAUAGUUUAUAUGCAUCACUGUAAACGAAAAGCGAAAUUCUUGAAUGUAUUAUAUGUCAAUCAUUAAACAUUUCAUAAUUUCAAUUCAUAUAUUUUAAAAAUUUCUAUAUAUUGAUUUUCUGAAAGAUUAAUUGCACCUAUAAAUCUUCUAUAGAAUAUCAAAAUACAAAUUAAAUACACUAUAAUAUGCUUUGGGCAAAUAAAGAGUAAGACAAUUGUAAAAUAUGGCACAUUAAAUUGACAUUAGUAAUAAAUGUUAUCCUCUGAGUUGG